AUGAUUACUGCCAACAAUCGACUCCUCCAAAGUGAGACAUCAAAUGUCAGUGGUGCGGUUAGUAGCACAAUUAGUUCAUCAACUUCUCAUGGCUCAACCUCUGCCGCCUCCACCGAUGUUGUUUCAUCUGGUAGUCAUGUGUCACAGUUUGCCAAUUCGUUGAGUGAGGAGAAGAAGAACAGUUACUAUGGUCAGCAGCCUCCUGCUGGUUUUGGCCAGUUGCAGUCAUCUACCCAGUCGUUACUUUCCUCACCAUAUCAGCAGCAGCAACAACACAUAGGCCUCGGUUCUUUGGGAUUAUCUCACAGUAGUAAUGCCACAACAACGAAUCACACAUCUGUCUCAACUCAAAACUCUACGAUUAUAUCAACUGGAAACAUGUCCUAUCUCUCAUCAUCUGCAGGAUACUCAGUACCUCCUCCGUCAACACAACCCUCUAACUUGAGUGGAGUCUCAGGUCAAAUCCAAUAUAAUCAGUAUGGCUCUGGACGGGGAAACAACAGUGAAUCAGCUGGCUCCAUGUCCUAUCCAGCUUACAAUCACCAUCAUCAAUUUCCAACAAAAAGUUAUGCUGAAAAACAGCCUUCAUCGACGCUCAACUUUGAAAAUACAUCUAACACAGCCAAUCUGUAUCACCAACAAUCACCGUACAACCAAUCAUCCAACUACCCUGGAAGCAAUGCUGGGGUUAGCAAUUCAGGGAUGUACCUAGGUGGAGGUGUUAGUGGUGCUAAUUCUUACAUGCCUUCCAACAAUGCCAAUUCUGAAAAUGUGUUUCAUCAGAGUCAGUCUGAAAUAAUGAGAGGUUACCAGUUCAGAUCAGGAGAGGUGAGCUCAUUUCAACCGCGAGAGUCCAGUGGCCAUCAAUCCAGUUCAACUAAUCUCUCAACUCAACAGACAAACAAAUUAGUGUCUGAGAUGACAAAACUAAGUCUGAAAGAUGGUGCCAGCUCAUCAACCAGCGGUUCUAACAAUCAGUAUGAUAUUGUUUCGUCCAUGAUUAGUGCUGCUAGUUUAACUACUGCUACAAACACCACAUCCAGUGCCAACAAUCUCGCUACAUCCAUCACAUCCAAUUCAUCGUCUCUACCCACGUCAUCGCCAUCAUCCAGCACAUCGAAGUCUUCAAUCACACAGCUACCCGGAGGAACAAAAUCUAAUACCCAGACCAAUGCCAGCAAGCAGAUGAUGAACUACCAAGGAGGUGUCAACUACAUGAUCAGUCAACCACCAGGUUUCCCAAUGGCGCCAUUUGCCUACCCUCAUAGCCAGCAGGCUCUCUCCCAGUAUGGCUAUGAUGAUGUUCAACUGCAGUCACAGAGAUUCAAUGGCGGCACACCGUACUACGACUAUCAGUCUGCGUCUGGGCUGCAAGGCAGGGGUGAACAGCAGUUAUCUGCGUCUGGUGCAGAUUCGAAACUGGCACUGGAGGCCACGCAGACGGUCGGCAGCAACCUUCAGCAGCCAGCAUCCGGAUCGGCUAAUCAACAGUUCCAUACAUUUCAACCUGGCUUCGGAUACUACUAUCCUAACCAGGGUAUCAUGCCCUACUACUCCAUGAUACCUAUGAGUGGCAUGGGUGGUAUGCAAGCAGUUCCAAUGGCAACUAAUCCAGCUCACCAGGGUUCAGUACCUUCAUCGCAGUAUCAGCAGAAGCAGGGUAAUGUCUAUGGCUCCCAUCCGUUUAACAUUGUGUUGAGAGAUUGUAAUGGCUUGAUUGAUCUUAUAAUAGGAGGACAAUCUCAGGAUUUCACGAAGGCAUUUAACAACCCACAAUCUGCUAUGACCACAAAAUCGGCCACUGGAGGUAAUCACGGAGAUAUGUUACUGACAUCUGGAGCUGCUGGAUUCAGCAAGCAGCACGUUCAAGGUUUUGACAAGUCCAACUAUCACGGCGGUACUCCACCUCCAUCCUUCAACAUCUCCGUGCCGGUGUGCACGCAGACGGGCGGGCCUGGAGGAGGGCAGGCCAUGUACGGAGGGGGUCCCUACAUCCCCAUGAUGAGUCAUCCAAACCAUACGCAGAUGAUCCAUCAUCAUACCAUGGUCGCUCAGGAUCACUCCCUGGGAGCUCGAGGAGGAGUGGGAACAGGCGGAGUAGCGGGAGGAUCGGGUGGAAACAGUGCAGCCCAGCAGAAAGUUGGCCCUAACAAACAGCAGUACAACAACCCACCAUACUGGUCAGCUGGCAAUUAA